UACAGAGACAGCAUAUGCUCAUCGUGAUGCAAAUGUCGAACUUGGAAGAUAUCCAUGGAUCAGCAAUUGCUGACCUGCUGUAUGACAAGCUAAGCAAAAAAAAAACACAGCCCUUGCUUAAUAAAUAACGGAUAAAUGCUACAGCACGAGAUAAAACGACACGGCGAGCACUAAGCAAUAAGCCAACAAGGCAACAGCAGUCUCCAACCACGCACCUUUGCCUAAAUGUUGCCAAUAAAAUUCAACGAAACGAGGAGCUUUCCCGUGUAGUAACGCGCAGAUCAAUUCCUGGUGGGAUUUGCUGCUUCGCCGUUUUUCAGAGGAAAAAGCGUAAGCGUUUUGCCGUUUUCAGAGAAACCGGCAGUGAAAUCCCCUCUUCUUUGCCAGUUCGCCAGUUAAUAAUAGGCAGCGUCCCGCGCCCUGGCCACCACGAGAAAAAACGCGAGGGAGUCUCGUCUCGUCUCGUCUCGGCCAUUUCCGACUUUCCGUUGCCCUCGUCUCCCCCUUCUCGCUCGCAAUGGCGACGUCGUUCGACCGCUGGGAGAAGGACCCCUUCUUCCCCGCCGCCGAGGAGGUGCAGGGAUCCGCCGACCGCAUGGAGUCGGUGUACAGGAUAUGGGUGCAGGACAGGAGUGGGGGCGAUUCGGAGGCGGCGGCGGCGGCGGCUGCUGCUGCCGUGGGUGGAGGAGGGCUCCCUGCCGGCGAGCUCCGCCGCGAGCUGCACACUGCGCUCGGCACCGCCAAGUGGCAGAUGAAUUGGAGCGGGCAAUUAGAUCAAACGACAAGGUUUUCUCAGCUGGAAAGGACACAAAAGCACGGCAUGAUGACUUUGUUGCGGCAAUCGGUUGUCGCAUACUUGAGGUUGAGAACAAUUUGAAAGAAUCCAAUGUUGCAGAGGGAAGGGGUGCCCUAAGCUGGAUUGAUUUGGAUGAGGAUGAACGGAAUGAUCUUGCUACCUUCCUAUCUGCAAGCUCUUUUCAACAGCGAGACAAAGUAGUUACAAUUCCAUCUGUUGGUGAUAUUGAUGUGGGCAACAAUGCAGCAAUGGUUAAAAAGGAUAUGUAUGCUGACAGCUCCAAGGAUUCUGGCUCCGCUGAGUUGAGUUCAGCAAGAGUAAAGGAAGAAACGCAUCGUGGGCACAGAAGGGCUGCUAGUGCCCAUGCUGAUAUCGGGUCAUGGACUAUGUUAUGUCCAAAUGAGAGCGAGAGUUCUGCUGACCUACCAUAUGAUGACAAGCACCAAGAACCUUUGCUGAAGAUAGUGAAAACAUGUGCACUGACGAGUGCCUUGCAAUCUAAGCCUAGAACGAAGAAAAAAGGUGGAUCUGUGAAAUGGGCCGCUGUUGAUCAACAAGAUGUGGAAGAGACAAUCCCUCUCAGUUCUCAGAUGGGUCAGGGAUCGGAUAGAUGCUUUGAAAGAAGCAAGAGUUGUGUAAGUACUUGUGAUGAGAGUACAUACAAUAAGAAACUUUAUGGUUGUCUUGGAGCCCUGCAUAGACGACUGCAGAGGUCGCGAUAUCGAAUUCGGUAUGGGCGUCCUGUUCAAUUAAUUGUGUUAGCAGUUGCUGCCCUCUUAAUAUUCAUGUGUGUAUUCAAGAAAAUUUGGUGACCUUUUGAUGGGCUCAUGAUUUCCAUAGAAGCCUCACCACAGCAGCUUGCGAGGUUCUACCAUUUUUGCCUGCAUAGCUCAUAUAACUGGUGUUGAACAGGCAUCUGAGGCAUGAAGAAUGAUCAGACUGGAGCAGCUUAUCGCAUUGACUGUACAGAAGUGUGCUGCAUCAGGAUGUCAUCGGAAAUGCAGUGUGCUGCCUGCAUGAUGCACCUCAAGAUCUUGAUCCUCACCAUGGCCUGUUGACAUAUGCAACACCGUGUAGGGCCCGCUUUGGAAAGUUGGAAGAGUGGUGGAAUUUCCUUUGUGAAAUAUAUCUUCUGAACCCCUCAUUCAUAGCUGGUUCCAUGAGAAUAGGUUCUGAAGUGAAAUGUGUAAGAUGCUAGAACAAUUGCCACACAAUCAGAAGCUAGCCCGGGCUAUCCGGCUCUAGAAUUAGAAUUUUGAUGCCUCUGGCAUUACGUUUGUUAGGCUAUUAAUUAAAGGAGCUAUAAGGGGUAGCUAAAUGUAUUGCGAUGUUUGAAACUUCUGCACUGUUCGCGUGUUAUAUGAAAGACUAAUCUUCUUGAGUGAA